UUGACGGCUGAGCACAUUGUUUACACUUUUUACAUGUUUCAAGUUUCCACCAAUUUUUCAUUAAGUUUGUAUUUAUGUAUAUCAAAAAUGCACCAGAGAAUCGCUAUCAAUCACAAAAUAACUUGCGACAGCAGGCACUUAUUUCCCGCGGCGCAGGUAUGUGAAAUAUCACCCAAUUUGUUUACGAAGGCGCCCGACAGUGGCGAGCUGAAUUUACCGGCCGGUGUUCCGGUUAUAGUUCGCUUAUCCGGCGGCAGGCAGUUUCUGUGUCGAUUAUUCUCGCCUCCUGGAAGCAAUUUAAGAGCCGAAUCCGUUUGUUUUGUGGACGAAAGUGUGUUAUUCAACGAGGAUGAAAUCGAUGGAAAUUCUACUGACGGAGCUAUUCCGCAGGUUGAGGAAUUGGAAGUGCUUGAAGGCGGGACGUGUUACUUCGAAAAGGUUGAGGUUGAUUUAAGCAUCGAUUGUUCGAAGUUGGAUCUGGAGCUGUUGGUGAAUAAAGAAAUUCUUUUAUCGCUGGUGGAAGAUCUUUUACGACCUCUUGUUGUGACUGAAAGAUGUGUGAUAAAACCUAAAGAAAGUUUGAAUUGUGGAAUCGUUAAAAUCCGUGUGGUCACUACUAUUGGAUCACACAAAAUUGGGUAUAUCGAAAAUGACACAAUAAUUGAUAUAGGAACAAUUAUAUUCAGUAGAGCGACAACCACAAGAGUGCUAGGUGGAUUAACUGAAACUAAGAAAGAAUUGUUGAAAGCUUUAGAACGGGCAACGGAAAAUGUGCUGUUGGCAGGUCCACCUGGAUCAGGAAAGUAUUCAUUGAUAGCUGAAUUGGCUGGACAUGGUAAUUAUCCAGUUUUCGAAAUUCGCGGACUAGAUUUUAUAAAGUCUCAUCCGGGAGAAACAGAGUUGGAGCUACGAAAUAUUUUCGAACGUUUGAAGAAAUUCAGAAAACUGUUCAACAGAGCAAGUCCGACUAUACUUUUGGUGAAGGACGUAGACAUGCUUUGUCCUAAGUUGGAGAAUAGAAAAGGGGAUGAUGUUUCCAAUAUUUCGAGAAUCUCGUCUCAAUUCACAACUCUAUUGGAUCGGCACCGUGGCAUUGGAAGUGGCAUUAUUGUGAUUGCAACUAGCUCGAACAUUGAAAGUAUUGAUGGGAAAAUUCGUCGGCCUGGUAGACUAGGUACGGAGAUAUAUGUUCGAAUGCCUUCGGAAACGCAAAGGGGAGAAAUUGUGCAAGCGAUACUGGGAAGAAAUAACUUUACGUUGGAAGAAUCCGUACUAGACGAUAUAAUCCGGAAAACUCCAGGUUAUGUUGGAGCUGAUUUGGAGCUUCUAGUAUAUACUAUUCAAAGAACAAUAAGCAGAGACCCGACUCGGAAUAUCUUUGCGACGAUAGAGGAAUGCUUGAAAAAAAUUAGACCAACAUCGUUACGGAGCUCGAUUGGUCUCAUAAGUGGUUUGACGCAAACUUUAGACUCCAUCGGAGGUAUGGACGAUCUUAAGAAAAUCCUCCGUGUGUCGGUUUUAGGGCCACUACGGCAUCCAGAAUCUUUCCGGCGGUUCGGAAUGAAUCCUCUGAAAGGGAUUCUGCUAUACGGACCACCAGGCUGUGCGAAAACCUCAAUCGCCAAAUGUCUUGCUGCGGAGUCGCGAAUGACAUUCGUCUCCGUUUCAGCUGCGGAGGUUUACUCUCCCUAUGUGGGCGAUUCCGAGAAGCUAAUCGUCAGACUCUUCAACCAGGCUCGCUUGAGUGCUCCAGCCGUCAUUUUCCUGGAUGAAAUCGAUUCACUCGUUGGGAAUCGAGGUAUGCAGGGGGUGCGUACAAACGACGUCCACAUCCGAGUUCUGUCGACGUUGCUAACAGAGAUGGAUGGCAUCGGUACGAGUGUGCAAUCUGCAGUGGGUAGCAGUGACGAUUCGAAGAAUAUCCUGGUCAUUGCGGCCACCAAUCGACCGGACAUGAUUGAUGAUGCCCUGUUACGACCGGGACGGUUAACUAAGUUGAUUCACGUUCCAGCUCCAAACGAGGCGGCGCGGUUCGAGAUUUUGAGAAAGGUGUCCGAGCGAGUGCCGCUGGCAAAGGAUGUAAACUUGAGCGAACUGGCCAAACAGACGGAACGGUAUUCCGGGGCGGAUUUGCAGAAUCUUUGUUCGCAGGCCGCCCUACAUGCUGCCGCACAGGAUAUAAACGUUCAAGAAGUCGCCAUGGACCAUUUCCAGCACGUUCUAAAAGAAAAUCGACCCUCUCUAACUAGUAAGCAGAUCCAGUGGUACGAAGAAUAUGAAACGAGACACAGAAUUAUAUGAAAUUGCGAAUCGAUGACGCAA